GUCGUUUUAUUCUCCGUACCUGAACAAAACCACUAUCUAUGUGCUAUGUCAGCCUUCCAACAAGAUGCGGCCAUAUGGUCCUGAACUUCGAACUUCUGACGGACCGGAGGAUGUUCGUGACCCACCCACAAUCUCGAUCGAAGCUUUUGCCAGAACGGCUCUUACUCAAGGACAGAGCAUUCCGAACACUUGGCCUCAGGAGUAUCCUGGUAUUCCGGGCGGUGACUUCAGUCCUCAAUGGCAGAACUACUUCGAGGUCAAGUAUCCGUUGCCAAAUAUUACAGUACCUUUGACUCGCAGCUUUGCUGGAAACAUACCUGUCAAUCGUGCAGGACAUCCAAACAACACUUUAUUCUUCUGGGGGUUUGAGCGUCGAAAUGGCUCACUGACGCCACCUGCCAAUGACAGUAAUGACGAUCCGUGGGUCAUUUGGCUUCAGGGAGGGCCGGGAUCAAGUGGCAUGCUUGGCUUCACCGAAGAAAACGGGCCACUUCGUAUUCAACCUGACUUUACCUUCACGGCGAAUAACUUCUCAUGGAAUACACUUGCUGACACGUUCUGGAUCGACCAGCCUGUCGGUACUGGUUGGUCCACAGCGGAUUCAACAGGAUAUGUUGCAAACGAAGAUCAAACUAGUGAAGAUUUCCUUGGCUUCCUAUCUAACCUUGUCAAGGUUUUUCCCAGUUUAGCGACCCGUCCGUUGUACCUGAUUGGAGAAAGUUAUGCUGGUACCUAUAUUCCGUACAUCACCAAACACAUGUUCUCUUCGUCCAACCCACCUGUCAAACUACGAAAGAUCGCGAUCGGAGAUGGGUCCCUGGGUUCUCUCGCAACGAUCCGGGAGCUUCCUACUCUCAACAUCAUUGAGACUUAUCCUCAACUUAUCAACUAUGAUCCGGAUGUUUUCAAUUACUUCAAGGAGCAAGAGCAUCUGUGCGGGUUCGAUAUCAAUCUUACCUAUCCUCAGACCGGGGGCAACUUCCCGACCCUCUUAAUACCGCCUCCGACAGCCCAGUCUGCCGUCGGAGAGUCACUCCUACUCGAAUCUGAGCUUCGUUAUUCGGGCUUAUCUUGGAAAGAAAGGAUCGCGAAGAAAUACUACGAGAGGCAAGCACAAGGAUCAGAUGUACUCGAGCGAAGGUGUCAGAAACGAGAAGAAUGGAAACGCGAUUUGUCAAGACGUGCGAAUGGUACCAUCGAUCCUUUUUAUGGUUGCAACCUGUUUACUGAGAUGGUCGACUAUGCUUCAAAUUUUUCAUUCCCGUGGACAAAUGGAGGGUUCGACGUUUACGACAUACCAGAUGGUACCAACCCAGAACCACCUUCCGAUGCGAGGCCAUUCUUCAACGACAACAGAACGCGUUCCGCGAUCCAUGCGCCAACGUCGAAGAACUGGGCUAGCAGUUUCAGCUACCCAUUCGGCAACGUUCACAAUCGUUCUGCUGGUCUUCCUAGUAAUCAGCAUGGAGACCCUAGCGUUGAACCCGUUGCCUUCCUCUCUGAGCUCGCGACAAAUGCCACAGCCAAUAAUGUCUCGAUCGUGUUCUAUUCUGGUAACGAUGAUGCUCAAGUUCAACACAGGGGAACCGAAGUAAUUAUUCAGAACUUCACUUUCGGUGGUAUCCAAGGUUUCAUCAAGAGGCCGUCUACUGCGUGGUUUGACGACGAUGGCAACUUCGCUGGAAUCGUACACCAGGAACGAAACCUCACCUAUAUCUUGUUUACUGGUGCGGGUCAUCUGGUACCUGAGUGGAAGCCUGCUGCGGCACUGGUAUUCCUGCGAGAAUUCGUUCUUGGGAACAAUCAAACAGGCCUGGUGUUAAACGACACCACUGUUGUAGGCGGAGACAACUCGUCCUUGGCCAACGACGUUCUCCCUGGAGGAACACUCCUUUACUACGGGUCUGCCACUACUGCUGGUAAAUUUACUGUCGCCGCCGCCACUUUGGCAUCAUGGGAAAGCUUCAUUGCGACAGCAACAAUCGCACCUGGUUCGCAACUGCACUCCAGUGGAGGCAUGAGCCUACAACCUUAGAUCCGGGCGAUCUCGCUGAUUGCUUGUGCAUUGGUGAUGUGUGUAGGUGGUUUUCAAAUAGCCUGACAAGAGAAUUAUGUACGAGCGUAUCAUGACAAUGAAUUUGUUGCUCAAAA